AUGACGGGCCCAAUCACUCGGCACGAAGUCGCCAAGGUACAUCCAUCGCCCGCCAUCACAUCUCAUUGGACCAAGCUAACGUCCACCUCUACUAGCACGACACCGUCGAAGACUUGUGGAUCAUCGUAGACCACAAGGCCUACGACCUCACCGAUUUCGUCGACGCUCACCCGGGAGGAGAGGUCGUUCUGCGACAGGUUGCCGGUCAGGAUGCCACCGAGGCCUUCUACAAUCUCCACAGACAGGAGGUACUGCAGCAGUACAAGAGCUUGGAAAUUGGAAUCAUCCAAGGAGAGAAGCCAGAAGUCAUUGAUCCUGAACCGGGAGAUUUGAGCCAGGUUCCCUAUGCGGAGCCGAUGUGGUUGGUUCCGCAGUUCCAUUCGCCAUAUUACAAUGAAAGCCAUCGGAAAUUGCGAAGAGUGGUAAGGGAGUUCACGGAGAGAUAUAUCUCGCCUGAAGCGAAAGAGAAAGAAGCGAGUGGAGAAUAUAUUUCCCAGGAAUUGAUCGAUCGUAUGGCGGAGACGAAUCUCCUCGCAUGCCGUUUGGGACCAGGCAAACAUAUGCAUGGUCGGGAGAUUUUCGGGGGAGUGGUCAAGGGAGAGGACUUUGAUUAUUUCCACGAUUUGGUCGUUUCGCAGGAGAUUGUGCGGGCUAAUAUGAGAGGGUUCCAGGAUGGGAAUAUGGCUGGGAUGACGAUUAGUCUGACGGCGGUGCAUGAGUGGUGUAAUGAUCAGGAAUUGAAGGAGAAGGUCAGCAAGGAAGUUUUGUCAGGGAAGAAGAAGAUUUGUCUUGCUGUGACGGAGGCUUUUGCCGGCAGUGACGUUGCUGGCUUACGGACCACCGCGGAGUUGAGUGAGGAUGGAGAGCAUUACAUUGUGAAUGGAACGAAGAAGUGGAUUACGAAUGGAGUGUGGUGUGAUUACUUUGUCACGGCCUGCAAGACUGACAAGGGGUUUUCUGUCCUGUUGAUUGAGAGGACGGAGGAUGUGGAGACGAAGCCGAUCAAGACUUCCUAUUCGAUUGCGGCGGGAACCACGUUCGUGGAGUUCAACAAUGUGAAGGUGCCCAAGAGGAACCUUUUGGGCACGGAGCAUAAGGGCUUUGUGGUCAUCAUGUCGAACUUCAACCACGUAAAGUAUCACCCCAACGCACUUGCAGACUCUUUGCUAAUUGGCAUAAUAGGAACGCUGGUGGAUGGCCUGCACGGCCUCCCGCUGGCAACGCACCGUAACCGAAGAAUGCAUGAAAUGGGCCCACCAACGCAUCGUCUUCGGAAAACCCCUCAUCGCCCAACCCGUCAUCCGCAACAAACUCGCCAAGAUGAUAUGCCAUGUGGAAGCAACCCAAGCCUGGGUGGAAUCCAUCACCCAUCAAAUGUGCAAGAUGUCCUACGACCAACAAUCCAAGAAUCUGUCUGGUCCUAUUGGUCUGUUGAAGAAUUACUGUACGAAGUGCUCGCACGAGGUCGCGGAUGAGGCCACGAACAUCUUUGGCGGACGGGCUCUGACGCAGGGUGGAAUGGGCAGGGUUGUGGAGAUGUUCAAUCGGACGAACAAGUUUGAUGCGAUCUUGGGAGGGACGGAGGACAUUUUGGCAGAUUUGGGCGUGAGGCAGGCCAUGAAGUUCAUGCCUGUUGGGGCGAAGUUAUAG